AUGUUGGAAAAUAUUAAAUAUUUAUUAAUUCCUCAAUCUCAGGAAAGAUAUGAAAAUUACCCUUCUGUUUUGAAAGAAGUGUUUAGCUAAAUAUCGAGGGGUCUUUAGAUUUACAUUUAUUUUACAUUAAUGAAAAUGGUGAUAACAUUAAUAUUUUUGGGAGAGGCUUUAUAAUGUGAGAUUUCAGAAUCUCAUUCGAUAGCAACAACAUUAAUAUUGUACUGUGUUUUUCAGUUAUGCCAUCAGUUCAAGUAUAAGAUGGAGUUGGAAAACAUUGAUAAAUUGAAUAUAAUUCAAUAAUCAUUAGAAUAAUAAGGAAUGAAUUUAGAAUAGAUCCCAGAUAGAUCAUCAUUGAACAAACUGAUGACAACUGUAAAGAAAUUAAUAAAUUUUUAAUGUCCAGAAUUGAAUGUAAUUGGUAAUAAUAUUUAAAUAGAGAGAAUGGAAAUGUUUGAACAUUAUGGCAUAAGUGAUAAUAAUAAAAUUUUUUAUCUUCAUGUUAGAUUUUCCAUUUAAUUUUAACCUGUUGUAAUACUUUUAGGUUGGGUGUGAUGCAAAUUUACUAAAUGUAGUAUUCAUAAUGGUUUUAUCGAUGUUUUUGGAGUUUAUAUUUUUGUAUUGUUUGGUGUUGGUUCUUGUGAUUGCAUUUCCGUAGAAAAAUUGAAUAAAUAUAUAGAUUGUUAUGCUGUUUAUAAAUAUACAGAAAGAGUAAAUAAUUAUAUUUGAUUCGCCGAUUGAAAUAAUACUUGGAUUCGAUUCCUGCUCAUAAAUAUUAAGGAUUGGAUGAUCCUUGGAUGAAGGAAGAUAAAGUUUGUUGCAUUUGUAUGCAAGAGUAUGCACAAAAUGAGAGUGUUCUUGAACUUCCUUGUAGUGGAAAGCAUUAAUUUCAUGAGAGUUGUGUUAGGAAUUGGUUCAAUGUAUUUAUUAUUAAAAUAAAAAAGGUAUCUACUAGUUGUCCGGUUUGCAGAUAAUAGUUCGGUUGACAAUUUUUAUUUUGAAAUCUACAUAAUCUAUAAAUUUGGGAUUUAUGUUAAAUAUAAAUUUUGUGG